GCUCAUUACCAUUGAAUGUGUUGAAUUACAGAACUGAAUACUGAAACGAAUGUGUAGAAACCUGCCCCUCCAAAAUAGUACGUUAUAGGCACUCUGUGGUCAGUAGACUUGUCUCGACACUGGAAGGUUUGGAGUUUGAUAUUCGAUACAGCCUGUGGAACUCAACAGCACCUUUGUCAUUUGAUUUCCACUAAACCAUCACUGCCCAACUCCAUGUGCUACAGGCUCACUGAAAGGCACUGCCAGAGUGUUGAGGUGUAUGAGGUGUGAUGGCGUCGUGCUCUGAGGCCUGUAACUCAGGGUCUGGAUGUGGGGCAGGGUCCUCAGGCUGUGAGGUAGGUUCUAGCUGUGCCUGUCUGCAGUUUGGGGUGCGUUCCUACCUGCACCAUUUCUAUGAGGGGUGCAGCACUGCAUCAGGGUGGGAGAAAGACCCUGAGGGAGUGGGGGACGUCCAGACCUUGAGAUCGCCCCUGAGGUGGAGCUCGGCACUCUGGAAGGUCUCUCUGGCCCUUGGUCUCCUGAUGGUGACCUCUGGUCUGGUCAGUCUGUCCGUGGGUUACUCCGGCCCCACCAGGAUCGAGUCCUUCGGGGAGGGGGACCUCCUCUUCAUAGACACCCAGGCUGUCAGUUUUAACAGGGGUCUGCAUCACUGCGUGGCGGCCGGGAUCGGUCUCACCUGCCUGGGAACGGGUCUGACCGUGGCGGGCCUCCUUUUCUGGUCCUUCUCCAGGAGCCGAUUGAAAGAGAGGCUAUAUCGGAGAGAGAGAGAGAAGAAGGGAGGGGUGGUGUGUGGAAAGAAGGGAGGGAUAGAGGGGGGAGCACAGGGAGGAGGACAGGGGGAGAUGGGGACGGCUGUUAUGAGGGCCCCUGGAGCAGGGGAGGGGAAGGUGCCUGCCACCCUGACCAAAGUGGAAACGGUCCAACCAUCAGGAAGAGAAUCCCCAUAG